AUGCGAAUUACGUGCAACCUAGCACAUGGUACGUAUGCAACUGUUUAUCUGGCAAGAACGGUGGAUUGCAAAAUCGUUGCUGUCAAAGAACUGAAGAUGAAUGAUGAAGAAGGAUUUCCUGGCAAUUCAAUGCGUGAAAUUGCCAUACUUCGCGAAUUAAAUCAUGAAAAUAUUGUUAAAUUACUGGAUGUUCAGAGCGCAAUAGGUUGUGCCACACUUGUCUUCGAAUACGUGGAACGGGAAUUGAAGACGAUUAUUAAUGGAAAUGUCCCCUUACGCGCGGACAAAGUUAGAGAUUAUUUCAGACAGAUCUUGCGCGCUUUGGCGUAUUGUCAUCAGAAAAAGGUUAUACACCGCGACCUUAAACCGGAGAAUAUCCUGGUAACAAAAGAUGAUGUUCUAAAACUAGCUGAUUUUGGUCUCGCAAGGCAAAUAAGUAUAAAAAAGGAUGAGCUCGCCUCAGAGGUUGUGACUCUGUGGUACAGACCACCGGAAAUCCUUCUGGGUCAAACCAAAUACGACGGUAAAAUCGACAUUUGGGGCGCUGGAUGUAUACUCUUCGAAAUGAUUGUCAGAAAGCCUCUUUUCCCUGGCAGGGACGCAGACUCCCAAAUUCGCUACAUCUUCGAUCGUUUAGGUCGUCCCCCUCCCGAUUACUGGCCUGAGCUAUCCAGCAACAGCACCAUGCAACGACUCUACCCUACAGACUCUAGGGCUGGGGAAGCAGUCGAACUCACAAAAGAAGAAUACGCUAACAGUCAUCUGCUUGAUCAACUUACAAAAUUCAGUGGAGAAAAGAGCACAUACUCAGGCUUCCGACUGGGCUUUCCACUGAUGGUCAAAUGCUUGCAACCGAAUGAAAGUAUACGCAUAGACGCAGUCCAUGCUUUGGAAGAUGAAUACGUCAGUACUGACGAAUGCCUAAAGGAAAUAAAGGAGGAUGCUCCUUACUUUAACUUCGCCGCUGAGAACGAUGAGGAUAAGGGCUAUGCGACCCCACAGGCAACGGAAUAUACUAACAUGGAGCGUGCAAUAGCUCGAGCAGUUGAGCGUUCAGAUAUUCUGUGCGUCAUUUUCCCACAUGGGAAUUUUUUUGUGACAUCGAGUUCUAAGCCCUCAGAGAAGGUCGCCAUGGCAUCCGUCUCCUAA